AUGAAGACCGUUGCAGCAUCAGAUCAAGUUCCCAGGUUUGUGGGCUGCUGUGCAGCUCUCAGCCCCCUGCUGCACCCCAAGCCCUUUCAGCGCUUCCGUGAGGUGCAUUUAUUUGCAGCAGAAAAGAAGUUCAACUUCUGCUUUCCAGGAAGCAAGGUGCAGGUGUGUAACGUCUGCGUCCCUCUGCUUUCUCCCCAGCUGGCCGGAGGCAUCAUCCUGGGAGUGGCCCUGUGGCUCCGGCAUGACUCGCAGACAACAAAUAUCCUCUACCUGCAGCUGGGGGACAAGCAGGCCCCCAACACCUUCUAUGUUGGAAUCUACAUCCUGAUUGCGGUUGGAGCCGUCAUGAUGUUUGUGGGGUUCCUGGGAUGCUACGGUGCUAUUCAGGAGUCUCAGUGCCUUCUGGGAACGUUCUUCACUUGCCUGGUGAUCCUGUUCGCCUGUGAAGUUGCGGCUGGAAUUUGGGGAUUUGUCAACAAAGACCAAAUAGCCAAAGAUGUGAAGCAGUUCUAUGAUCAAGCGUUUCAACAAGCGCUCAUGGCGGAGUCAGAGACGAACAACGGGAGAGCUGUAGUGAAGACCUUCCAUGAAACGCUGGACUGCUGUGGUCCCGAUAAUGCAAUAGCAGCUGUCACUCCUCUGUGGAGAGAGGACCUCUGCCCGAAGAAGGACUCCUUGCUGAAAACUGUUUUCGAGGCCUCCAGCUGCCACAAAAAAAUUGAUGAGCUGUUCUCCGGAAAGCUGUACCUGAUCGGUAUCGCUGCCAUCGUGGUCGCUGUGAUCAUGAUCUUCGAAAUGAUCCUGAGCAUGGUGCUGUGCUGUGGCAUAAGGAACAGCUCCGUCUACUGAGCCGUGAGAGCUGGGGAGGGGAAGGGGGGAGCAGGGCAGACGGCGCUAGAGUGCCCCAAGUGCCACCAAGUGACCAGGAGACAUUUCAACAAAAGACAAAGAAAACUAUGUAUAUAAAUACUUCCAAUAUUACCAUACAGUACUUAUCAUUUUUAUUUUGAAGUACUUUUUUUUUUUUAAUAAAUAAAACUUUCCCGUUAUCCUUGUGGCUGAGUUAGUUACACAUCAGUUUUGUGUGAUGGGGAAAGCUGCUGUAGCAGGAAAUCGAGUCCUUCCUCCCCCUUCCCCACCCCCCGUAACUCAGAAAUAACAUUGGUGGAAGAUGUACAGAGGAGAAGGCUGCAGCCUUUUAGCAGAAAACUUUGCCUUGGUUUUUACUCUCUUUUUUGAACACCAACCUUUUUUAUAUACGUAUUUGGAUGCUGAAGCAGGAUUUAGCAUUUUUGUUCAUUUGUACUCAUCUUUUCCUACCAUAACCCCGACUCCCUGGCUUUUCCAAGCUGUCUGUAGGGAAGCCUGGCAGACUGCCUGAAGCCUGGGGAAGAGGAAACAACCCCCAUUGCCUGGGCGCGAUGUGUCCUUGGGGCAACGCCAGCACGUUGUUCCUCUCUGACCUGUUUGCAUCGAUAGGUCAAUCCUCAGUAGGAGUCACGCUUAGACUUAUUUUACACUCUGAAGAGUGGAGAUGUUUUUGGCUUUUUGUUUUUGAGGGGUUUUUUUCUUGGGGCUGUAACUAUAAAUUGGCUUGUUUCCCUCGAUUGGUUACGUUAAGGGCGUGAAUUUUAGUUCCAGUUUUUCAAGUGUAACAACCUGAAAAUUAAGUCACUUUUUAAACCUCCUUCAGUGUUUCUUUAUAGACAUGUUUUUGGGAGAGUCUAGUUCUGUGCUAAGUUUCCACUGUUAAGCUAAUGCUUGCAUACAAAUGAUGUUGGAAAAAAGAAUAAAACUUAAAAAAAAAAAAAGAGUUCUUAACCAUAGAAAUCCUGCAUUUAUGUAUUGCAGGAUGAUGCUUGGGGGUUCCCAGCCAUAUGCAUACAUGCUUAAAAUUUCAUUGUUGCAUCACUCUCUUGUUCAAUGAAAUUUUCCUUACUUUUAGCAUAUUGUCAUGCACUGUAACACUGCUGGGAAAUUUUCAUAACCUGAUUUUGAAAAAAAAAAGUUUAUUUUUAAGACCUUCCAUUUCCAGUUACAUCAACGGCAGGAGAUCAGCUUAUUAAAGCAAAGGAAUUCAGGUUUUUAGAUCACACCAGUUGAAACACUUUCUUGUGACCUGGUAAGCUUUGAUUCCUAAUUUGAUGUGUGGCUUCUGUUGUGUGCCACUGUGUUACUAUGUAGAUAGAGGGGGAGAGUGACCCAGGAGCUAUGUAAUAAAAUCAGAGUGUCUCUAAAAAGAUGAUCUAUAUGUAUAGUUCUAUAGAUAUAUAUUUUUAAGCAAAGCCUUUUCCUUAGCCGUAUGGGCACUUGAGCUGGAAAUGAUAGUCUCUCAGCUCUUUGCCACCUGGAAGCAGGUAAGGGGAGGAGUUGAAACUAGCGAUCACCUUCCCCACUUCAGGAAUGUUUCUGUUUCUUAAAGUAUUACACUCCCCGUUCAUUGCAACAAAGAGCUUCAGAUCGGAUAGAGAGGGAGACCUGUGAUCAUUUUAAAAUAGUACCUUGUCCACUGCGUGUGGCUGCCAUGGCCUUUGCCACCACGGGAUAGGAAAUUCCUGCACUGGGGCAAACUGAUCCAUUUGGAGGCUUUUCCCCCUUUCCACUCCCCCCCUUUCCUCUUCCUGCCUUCUAGUAUAUAGGGCCUUUAAAAAGUAUAUACAUAAAUAUAUAUAUAUAUAUCAAGUUGUGCUGGGUAAGAGGAGGAAGUGCUUCAACAGAACUUCGUAGUGAGGGUUGGACAAGAAAAGAUUCAGCCUUAGAAAUAGCCUUAAAGCAACACUGCCCUGAAUGUCCACGUUGUGCACAUGGAGAACGAGAGGAGGUUUUGCAGUGGGUAACCCCUUCCCCUGCUCCCAGCGUAGCUCCUUCAGGUCAUCUACUCUGUUAUGUGGCUUUAUGUAUAUGCAUCAACCAAGCAUGUGUGUUUACAUAUAUGUGCAUCGGGAUUGUUAGCAUACAGAAUGGAUGUGUAACUUGCCGCCUUUUUUGUUGACUGUUGAUAAAUGUGUAUAAAUAUGCCAUUAAGCAUUUCAGUUCUGUUUUCUUUCCUUAUACCGUAUUUUUGAUAUUGUUCAGUAUUCAGUUGAUGCUGUGUAUGUCGCUGGAGCUCUGUUUGAAGACAGGCUGGGUGUCGAUGCAGGUCAGGUGUGUCCUUGGGCAUUGUAUCUUUAGGGGUCUGGGUUGUCCCAGGCAGGAACAAUUGGGAGAAAGUGGUAUAUGGAGAGGGAGUCUGAGCUGUGGGAGGAAGAAGGGCAGGACAUCUGUGCAGACCGUGUCCUGCAUGGGCUGCCGUUUGCUCUCUGGCUCAUUUCAGAGGUGGCUUGUCACCGUGGGGAGCUCCGAAGGCAGCUUUCUGAGCUGCCACCCACCCCUGCAGCUGCUGCAGGAAAGGUGCUGCAGGAGGGGAAGGGCCAUCAGCUGGGAAGGUCAUGGAAGGGGGCAGAAGGGGUUCUGCAGUGAGAAGUUAAUGCAUUUUUUAGAGUUACCAGCUGAGGGUCCCCGUGUUGUCAUCAGGAGGGGUCAGUCCUGGGAGAAGAGAGGAGCUGUCACUCUUAAGAAUGAUGAAAUAGCUAAGAAACCCUCACAGAAAAAACUACCCACUUGGGUCUUGUCUAGUCUGGCCUCCUGUGAAAGAGGAGUUUAACCUGAGUUAAAACAAACUGGAGAGGGAGCUGUGAAGGGCAGAGGGGACUCGCCCUGCUGUAGGCACUUAGGAUCCAAAAGCAACAGGGCUCUUCUACCAGGUGCUCAGUUGAGGUGAAGGGGAAGAAAACCCAUUAGGUAGGACCCCUGCCCUGCCUCAGACCCUCUCCUGCAUACCUGCACACUUGUGUGUGCAACAUGGGGCCCCAUCUUGCUCCCCUCCACACCCCCAAAAACCAAACCAAGGAUGAAGUAUCCUCCUGGAGCAACUGACAGCUGAGAAAACAGUUAUCAGCUGGGGCAGGGAGGAGGAGGGAGGCUGGUGAGGAUGAGGAGAGUCAACUGUCCAGGUCUAAGUUCAAAGACCACAUGGAAAGGUCAAACAGAGCCCCUGACAGCUUAACUGAAUGCUUGGGAUUUUUUUCAUACUGUGGAGCAUGCCACAAAGCAGUGUGUUUAACUUCUUUCUGCCUUUUUUUUUUUUUUAAAAAGAAAUGAAACAAAAAUCAAUUUAAUAAACAUUUCUCAUAGUGUGCAUAGUGUGAUGAACUGCUGCAGUUUUACAACCAGUUAACCUUAACACCAGGAUGCUUUGUGAACCAGGCUUCAACAGCAUGGGUUUUUCCAGCCCCCGGGAGGGGGGCCUGCGGGCAGGCUGGGGACGCAUCCAGAAUGGUGCUGAGGGAAGGCAAGGGGGCUGCUUGCCGGCAGCAACGGUGGCUGCAAUUGUGUCCCCCCUCAAGGGAAGGGCGGGCACGGCUGUGGGGGAGCCAAUGUGAAUUGCAAAAUAGGGAGAUUUUCCCUGUGCUGAAAUUCAGGGGGCUGGGGUGGCAGUACCAUGCACGCUCGAGGGGCUUCUCCUAAAUCAGGCCGAAAAUGGCCUGAAAUGCCCUCUGCUGCCAUCUGGCCUGGGGCUGGUCUGAUUUUUGCAGCUGGUCUGGUGAUGCCACUGCUGUUUCCAUCACCUACCCCCUCCGCACCAUCAGGGGAGAGUGAGGGGGGAGGCCAAGUGCUGUGAUCCCAUGGCUGCCUGCCUUUCUCUGCCCUCCCUCGGCCUCCUUGCUGGUUUUGAAGCAGGGGGGUCCUGUGGUGGCUGCCAGCCGUUGCCCGUGCCGACACGGAGAGGGAGGGAAUGCUGGGCGAGGGAGGGAAUGCUGGGCGAGGGAGAGCCAUGUUCAGCUCCUGCAAAGGCCAGCCCUGCUCCCGGCGGCUGUGCCCGUGCUACAAGAUCAUGCCCAUCUGUUGUUCUUUCACUUGUUUACCUGAAUGUUAAUGGAGUCGGACAUAAUGACUUCUGGAAAGAAUAAAAAAAAAAGUUAUAUUUAAAAACAAUAAAGAAAAGAAAGCAAA